UAAUCGUUUCGCAUGGUUGGUGUCGGAUUGGCUUCUCAACAUCGUGGUCUAAGGAUUUAAAUUGUUCCCGAUGGCUCCCGAUGUCGCGUUGGAAUCUCUACGCCGCCUUGGUCAGCGGUGGAAGCAAUACGAGAAGGCAGGCAAGUGGGUGUAUGGACAGCACCCAGGCUUCUGGUGCACAGGGUAUGCGUUCUGGGAGUUGCAUUCUGAAGCUCCCGACUUGUUCCUUCACCUGGUUCGAUCGGAUCGGGUCUGUUUCAACAGUGAUCUGAACCACCGCAAGCUCGCAUAUGACUGCGCGGCACCGUCGAGCACUUCGUUCGAUAUGGCCAUCGGCCCGAUGGCAAGCUCUGCCGGAGGACAAAAAGUUGCCGCUGUCGUUAUUCUCUCUGAGGGUCGUCCGGGAAAGAAGGUUCGAUUUGCGUAG